AUGUUUUUGGUGGAUUGGUUCUAUGGAGUACUAGCAUCUCUAGGGCUAUGGCAAAAGGAGGCCAAAAUCCUCUUUUUAGGCCUCGAUAAUUCCGGCAAAACCACCCUCCUUUAUAUGCUUAAAGACGAGAGAUUGGUACAACACCAGCCAACCCAGUAUCCGACAUCAGAGGAGCUGAGUAUCGGGAAAAUCAAGUUCAAAGCUUUUGAUUUGGGAGGUCAUCAGAUUGCACGCCGAGUUUGGAAAGAUUACUAUGCCAAGGUCGAUGCAGUUAUUUAUUUAGUUGAUGCUUACGACAAGGAAAGGUUUGCAGAAUCAAAGAAAGAGCUGGAUGCUCUCCUUUCUGACGAUUCCUUGGCUAAUGCUCCGUUCUUGAUUUUGGGCAACAAGAUUGACAUCCCUUAUGCUGCCUCGGAAGAUGAGUUGAAGUACCACAUGGGCUUGAUGGGCAUCACUACCGGUAAGGGGAAAGUAGAUUUGGCAGAUUCAAAUGUGCAGCCACUUGAGGUAUUUAUGUGCAGCAUUGUGCGUAGAAUGGGUUAUGGAGAGGGCUUCAAAUGGCUCUCUCAAUACAUCAAGUAG